AUGCAUGUGUUUCUCCCUGGGUUUUCGAGGGCAAUAAUAAAAAGAGCAAAUGAGUCAAUUUGUAACCGCAAGAUCCUGCAUGUUAACAACACGUGGCUCUAUCUUGUUCACCCAUAUGUACACCGAAGCCGAGAAUCGGAGCAUUUAGGAGUUGGUUUCGGUUCUGAGAGCGGCGUCUCGUCCCGAGGAUUUCGACCGAGUCGGAGAGGCUUAGCAGCGAGAGAAGCGAAAUUGAAGCGAGAAAUCGAGAAACAGAGGCACGAGAAUGCAGUGCUGGAGGAAAUGCACGAGUUUGAGCGGCUCGAAAGGCUCAAAACAGAGGACGAGCUCAAGCAGUCCAUGGUCAAGGCAGAGGCGGUGAGCGAAGAGAAGCUCUCGGAGGAGAAAGACAAGGGCAACGAGGUAAUUUCAGAGCUCCAGAGGACGAACAAUGAGUUGGAGAGCAGCAUUUCGCGGUUAGAGAAAGGUAGUAAGAAAUUGAGGAAGCGAUCAAACGAAAACACGCAGAGAAGAAGAAGCGGGCGUUUGGCUUCAAUGGAUAGUGCUACAAACAACAAUGGCUGUGCAAGCUCUGCUGCUGUUGAAGGAAAUGGAGGUCUGCGAAUUUCAGGUUAUACAAGGGUGGCAAAGAUGCAGAUGAAGAGGAAGAACAUGAAAAAGAAGAUUCUGGGAAGGAAGAAGAAGGGAAAGAAGAAAAGGGGAAGAACACAAGAAUAUGCGCAAUACCGUUGUAAUAUGCGGUCAUUUUUCAACACAAUGCAAAGAAUUAAGGAAUGCUUGACCAAAGGGCACUUGGAGUUGCUUCAACAAACUCCAUUUUGGCCACUAAUAUCAGCAUUUUACAAUGGGAUGAUUUUUGAAGAUCAGUGCUGGAAAUCGGAGAGUGACAUCCACAACAUCAUCAGCUGCUACAACUCAAGAACAAUGAGUUUUGAUUUUGGUAGCACCUCUGCACGUCUGACGAACUUCGAGAGCAGACAUGCAUAUGGGGGUAUCUCCCUUUCAAUCCUAUUUGGCAAGACUUGAGAAAAGCUUCAUAACGAGGGGAUUAGAUCCUGAGUUUGAGUAUGAAUAAGGGGGCAAAAAGAAAAGGAAAGUAGAACAUGGAAAAAAAUGAAACAAAAGGAAAAUGCUCAAUCUGAUGCCAAUCCUGCAGGCAUUUGUGGAUGAAGAAGUUAUAUCAGUUGAGGAAUUUGGACCUUUUGAGCAUUUUAUAUGUCUUGGAAUAUAUCUGCACAAUGGGGGUGUACCUAAUAUUUCUUAUAUUUUGCCCUAUUUUAUUACA